CAGAUGGUCUGAUCCUGUGGUCGCUUUCUAAGCGACCUGCUGACAAUUUGACCUUUGACCUUAGAACUGUGCUACAGCACUAAACUGAACGUGAAAAUGUGUCUGGAAUGAGAGAAUUUGUUUAGCGUCCAGUCAUUUCUCCGUAGCCAGAAUGGACUUCCUGCAGAUGAAGCACCUGAAGAGGAAGAGGAAGAGUAACUACAGCGUGAAGGAAACUCAGACUCUGAUCCGCGAGAUCCACAAGCGACGUGAGAUCUUGUUCUCCCGCCAGCAGAACAUGGCCAUCAACGAGCUGAAGCGGCGAGCGUGGGAGGAGGUAGCUGACAGCGUGAACGCUCUGGGCGAGGGUGAGCUGCGGACGGCGGCCGAGGUCAAGCGGCGCUAUCUGGACUGGCGCGCGUUGAUGAAACGAAAGCAGCUUCAAGCUGAGUUGUCGUCGGGAUUGAAGCAGGAGUUUGAGCCUUCGUCUCCUGAUAACGACGUGUCUCUUGGUGGCUGCGACCAGUCGCUGGACCUCAGUGGGUUUUCCAAAGACUCAUCGUGCGACUGGCAGGACCUGACGGACCUCGGGGAGCCCAGAACACACACGUCUGGACUCAAAACGGAGGACGAUGAGGCCAGCAGCUAUAGAUUGGAGGCGGAGGUUGGAGAUGGUGGUGAGGAGGACGAUGAAGACUGUUUUACCUCCAUCCUCCCUGAUAUGGACCGCGAGGGCCGAGUUCCUGAGGUCUUCGCUCACAUUGAUGAAUUCGGCGUGCUGAGCUCCACAAAGCCUGCGUUGGGCUCGGCGGCGACUCUGUUGGGAGUCGGGGGCUCGUACGGGAUGGGCAUAGCUGGAUUGGAGAACACAGGUGUGCUGGUGGCGCUGGAGCGGCAGAGACUUGACCUGGAGAAACACCGCUUACAGGUGGAGUCCGAACGGCUGCAGGUGGAGAAAGAGCGCCUCCUUGUGGAGAAGGAGAGGUUGAGGCAGGGCGAGGUGGAGAGAGAGCGGCUGCAGCUGGAGAAGGAGCGUCUGCAGGUGGAGCGAGAACGAUUGCGACUGCUGCUGGAACAAAACACGCCCCUCCAGCAGAGCCCCGCCCCCUCUAUGUAUGUAGCCACGCCCACCACGUCGUCCUCUGCCACCUCGUCAUCCUCAUUGGAUGGCGAGAAGGACAGGAAGCUGGUUUGGCCGAUGAUGAUGGAUUUGGAGGCGGAGAAGCUGAAGUUAGAAAAAGAGCGCCUCCUGCUGGAGAAAGAGAAACUGCAGUUCUUCAAGUUUGAGUCAGGAAGACUGCAGAUUGAGAAAGAGCGCCUUCAGGUGGAGAAAGAGAGGCUGCAGCUUCACAAAGAUGGACAACAGAUGGCGCUGCACUCCUGAAACACCGUAGAUAGAUACA